CCAGCCAGGCCGCAUCCCCGCUCGCGCCGCCCGCCCCGGCUAAGCUGGCCCGCCCCUCGCUCCACGCCCGGCCUCCCUCGCUCCCUGUCAGACCGUGGCGGCCGCUGCAGCUCCGUGAAGCGACUGGCGCGCGCACCCUCACCCCUGCCGACCCGCGGCUCGUUCCACUCCGCCUUCCUCUCGGCCGCACGCUCACCCGCCUGAGGCGACAUGGCUCAAGCUCCCGUUAACUGCCCGAGCUACCCGGGCUCCGGGGAUGGCGAGGUGGGCAAGCUCAGGAAGGUUGCUCUCAUCACCGGCAUCACCGGACAGGAUGGUUCAUACUUGGCAGAAUUCCUGUUGGAGAAAGGAUAUGAGGUCCAUGGAAUAGUACGGCGAUCUAGUUCAUUUAAUACAGGCCGAAUUGAACAUUUAUAUAAGAAUCCUCAGGCUCAUAUUGAAGGAAAUAUGAAGCUGCACUAUGGUGACCUCACUGACAGCACCUGCCUGGUGAAAAUCAUCAACGAAGUCAAGCCUACAGAGAUCUAUAAUCUUGGUGCUCAGAGCCAUGUCAAGAUCUCCUUUGACUUAGCUGAGUACACCGCAGAUGUUGAUGGAGUUGGCACCUUGCGGCUUCUGGAUGCAAUUAAAACUUGUGGCCUUAUAAAUUCUGUGAAGUUCUACCAGGCCUCGACAAGUGAACUUUAUGGAAAAGUGCAGGAAAUACCCCAGAAAGAGACCACACCUUUCUAUCCAAGGUCACCCUAUGGAGCAGCCAAACUUUAUGCCUAUUGGAUUGUGGUGAAUUUCCGUGAAGCUUAUAAUCUCUUUGCAGUAAAUGGGAUUCUCUUCAAUCAUGAGAGUCCCAGAAGAGGAGCUAACUUUGUUACUCGAAAAAUUAGCCGGUCAGUAGCUAAGAUUUACCUUGGACAACUGGAGUGUUUCAGUUUGGGAAAUCUGGAUGCCAAACGAGACUGGGGCCAUGCCAAGGACUAUGUAGAGGCUAUGUGGCUGAUGUUGCAGAAUGAUGAGCCAGAGGACUUUGUCAUAGCUACUGGGGAAGUUCACAGCGUCCGUGAAUUUGUUGAAAAGUCGUUCAUGUACAUCGGUAAAACCAUUGUGUGGGAAGGAAAGAAUGAAAAUGAAGUGGGCAGAUGUAAAGAGACCGGCAAAGUUCACGUGACUGUGGAUCUGAAAUACUACCGGCCAACUGAAGUGGACUUUCUGCAGGGCGACUGCUCCAAGGCACAGCAGAAACUAAACUGGAAGCCCCGUGUUGCAUUUGAUGAGCUGGUGAGGGAGAUGGUGCAGGCCGACGUGGAGCUCAUGAGGACCAACCCCAACGCUUGAGCCCUCUGCAGAGACCCAAGAGACAUGGCGACAGUGCAGAGCCAGGGAACCAGAGUCCAGUCACUCCUGCCAACCAUGGACCCUCGACCUCCUGUGUCGCCCCUGCAUCCAGAGCUGGGCCACAGACGUUUGUAGACCCCAGGAUAGGACACUCCAGAGCUAAGGCCGCAUUGCUUUUGUCAAAGCCUCCUCCGAAUGGUUUUGGGAAAUCAAGAAGUUUUAAUCACAUAUUCAUUUUACUUGAAAUUAUGUCACUAGACAACUUAUAUUUUGGAGUCUUGAGAUUGUUUUUUCUCUUUUCUUAUUAAAUAAUCUUUCUAUAAACCAACA